AUGAGAAAGAUAAAUCAGCCAGCCGGCCAGCUCAGUGAUCGCGUUGACAACGCCCUUGCCGAGCUCUCAGCCUGGGAACAGAAGCAUUCGGAGCAACUCCACGCAACAGCCGCCAGUUCCAACCGUAACUCUCUCGCUACCGCCUCCGUGCAACAACGCGCCUCCGUGGCCGCGAUGACUGCGCAAAUUAUCCCCCCGGUCUUCCAGCGCGACCCUGAUGCACCUGUUGAGCAGUGGCAUGAACACCAGGCGCCGCUCCAGAAGGCCCGCUUCGGCCGUGGCCUUGACACCGGCCCAAUCAUCGGUGGCAAGCGCAAGUGCGCCGAAAUGGCUGAUGUCGAGGGACAGGAGGUUUACCGUCAUUUCAAGAUUCCUUCCAAGUCAUUCGUUCUCAGCCACGUCGUCGACUAG